GCAAUCCGAUCCUGUUUUAAGAGAUGUGCGUGUGCGCAGGAAAACACUGUAAUCUGUGCAAUGCCUGAUUGCGCUAGUAGCAAAAAGCGAAACAGAAGUGUGUGUUAGCAGUCCGUCCUGUGUGUGUGUGUGUGUGUGUGUGUGUGUGAAACGGUAACCAACUUCACCGGAGUCUAAGCUUUCCGCUUCACUUCGCCUCGUUGACUUUGUACUCCAGGCGCUACGCUGUUAUUAACUCCACAGUGGCUACCUAGCGAGAGACCGGAGAGAGAAAGAGACUGUCGGUAGCUGUUUUUCUUCACAGACCUGUAUAUCUUCAUACAUCGUGUGUAAUGGAGGGUCCGGUGCGGAUUUGCCGCUAUUGGAAUGCUUUUUGCUGCUAGUGUGUCCGACUGUCUUGGGUUUCCCUCCGUACAAAGGUAUGGUAAAUGUGUGGAUUGGCUGUAUGUGAGACCCAUGUUAAGCAGUUGGAGGUAAAGUGGCAUUAUGGACAUCAAAGGCCUAAGAGGCCUGAAGGUUCUGUCCACUGUGCUGUGCGUUUGCCAUACUUUGCUCUUCAGUUGCUCAUUUGCAUAUUCUCUCCACUUCCACACACAGCCUGCCUCUGUGGUUCAGAAGCUGGGCAGUGCUGUUCACCUUCACUGUAUGGCUGUUCCAGCCUCUGCCUCAAUCACCUGGCUGUUUCAAGGUCAUCCCAUAGAACCAGGGGCACUACCUGGGAUGGAGGUUCAGUCUGGCACCCUCUUUUUGCCCUUUCUUCAGCCUCAAAACACCGGCUUCUACCAGUGUGUCGCUCGUUCGGAUACAGGUGCCAUUGCUAGUCGAAGGGCACAGGUGGCCAUCGCAGACAUAGAGGAGUUCCGAGACACGCCUUUACGGUCCCUGGCUGUAAAACAAGGGGAGACUGCUGUGAUUAAGUGUCUUCUACCCCGAAGUAACCCCUCAGCUUUGCCACGUUAUAGGAUACGGGGAAAAUGGCUGGUCAAUUCUACAGAUGAAUAUUUAAUUCUUCCUUCUGGAAAUCUUCAGAUAAUCUCAGUUUCUAAGGAGGAUCAGGGCAUGUAUAAAUGUGGUGCUUAUAAUCCUGUUACCAAAGAGGUCAGGAUUGAGGCCCGUGGCACUAAGCUUAUAGUAAAAGAAUCACAUGGUCUGUCCACUGUGGGGAUCAUAUAUCCUAUCAGUCCUAUCAAACUGACAGUAGAACAGUCCAAGGCUCUUGUUUUGGAAUGCAUUAUAUCAGGAAAUCCUGUUGUUCGAUGGAUGAAGGAUGGGCUGGAGCUGACUCUCGUUUCCAGGAUCAGACUGCUGCACAGUAAUCUGCUGCUGAGUGAUGUCCAGCUAAGUGAUAGAGGAAACUACACUUGCAUUGCUCAAAAGGAGGAUGGAAGUGUGGCCAGUGCUAUACUGUAUACUGUCGAUGUGCUUGAAGCACCCAGUGUAAUUAAAGGACUAUCUGACCGGACUGUGAAUUUUGGUUCUUCUGUACAAUUUACUUGUGACACUUUGGGAAAUCCUGUCCCUAAAAUUACCUGGUUGUUCAACUCCUUACCAAUUUUACCAUCAUCUCGCUUCAACAUAUCAGACUCCUCCCUGCAUAUAAUUUCAGUCAGUACUCAGGAUCAGGGCAUGUAUCAGUGCCUGCUAGACAAUGGGAUUGGCUCAACACAAUCAGCUGCCAGAUUCAUGGUCCAAUCAGAACAUCAGUCCAGUUUUAUAGCUGCAGAUACGAAUGCACAACCCUCUAUCAAUCCCGUUCAGAGUGACGAAGGAGAAGGAUUAUCCCUGCAUUUGGAAGAGGGGUUUGGUGAUACCGUAGGUCCCAUCAGCGAGAGGACUAGUAACAAGCCCACUCCAGAGGCCCCAAUCAUCAUCAGUCCUCCUCAAACACAUAAACCCAACACCUAUGAUCUAGAGUGGAGGUCAGGACGAGAUUGGGGCAACCCAAUCACUGCCUACUUUGUUAAAUACCGCAAGGUAAAUGACAUGAGCAGUGUGGUGGGUAGCUGGCACACAGUACGAGUUCCUGGCAGUGAAAAGAACCUUCUCCUGUCGGACCUAGAGCCUUCCAGUCUGUACGAAGUGCUCAUGGUCGCACGCAGCACUGCUGGAGAGGGUCAGCCCGCCAUGCUCACUUUCCGUACGGGAAAGGAGAGGAGUCCUCCUUCCAAUAAGAACCCUUCCAAAGCACCGGUUGUGUCUCAGCCUGAAAAAGUUCCAGAAGAAAAAGUCAUCAACACACACUACGGAGUCGUUAUACAUGACAGAGUUCCAGAGGCCCCAGAUCGACCAACUAUCUCAAUGGCAUCUGAAAAUUCGGUCUAUGUCGCAUGGAUCCCGCGGGCCAACGGCGGCUCUCCAAUCACAGCUUUCCGUGUAGAGUUCAGGAAGCAGGGACGAAGCGGAGACUGGACUAUUGCAGAUGAUAAUAUUUCACCUCUCAAGCUGUCUGUAGAAGUGCGCAACCUAGAACCAGGUUCUACAUACCGCUUUCGCGUCAUUGCCUUGAACAACUAUGGUGAAAGUGCUCACAGUGCCACUUCCAGGACAUACCAGGUAGCAAUGACGAGUCAGCCCACAUCCAACCGUCCUGUUACUGGCCCUCACAUCUCAUCGACUGAUGCUGUCAGUGACACACAUAUCAUGGUGCGAUGGACUUAUACUCCUUCCAGUAACAACAACACCCCCAUCCAGGGCUUCUACAUUUACUAUCGGCCUACAGACAGUGACAAUGACAGCGACUAUAAGAAAGACAUGGUAGAAGGCGUCAAGCGCUGGCACAUGAUUGCUCAACUCCAGCCUGAGACAUCCUACGACAUCAAGAUGCAAUGUUUUAAUGAUGCAGGAGAGAGCGAAUACAGUAAUGUGAUGAUCUGCGAAACCAGAGUCCGCCAGCCACCAGGUGCUCCUAGUCAGCAGCCCAUCAGCCCACCAGAGGGCUAUCCACCAAGUCAGUCGACCCAGUCAGGAGGUGGCAUUCUGUAUCUUAUUGUGGGAAGCGUGCUGGGAAUCAUGGUGCUCACUUUGCUCAUCUUUAUCGUCAUUUGUCUAUGGAAAAAUCGGCAGCAGAACAACAUGCUUAAACAUAAUCCUCCUGGCUACCUGUACCCGCCUACAGAGAUGAAUGGCCACAUUAUGGAUUACACUGCACUGUCUGCCUCCAGCCAGCACAAUGGCAGCGUCCAUGCCGGCUAUGGGCACAACAGGCCUCUAAUACGCCACGGUUGUCACCACCUGCACCACAAACUCCCUAAUGGCAUGACACUACUCAACAGCCCAGGGCCUCUCUACACUCAGGGGCAUUCCCAUACCCAUGAUACCUCUCAGCCAAAGAACAGCUUGGAUUAUGAAUACACACACCCUCAUCACAUACACAAUGGGGAAGGCGUGUACACAUCUGUGGCCCAGACGGACUCAACCGACUGUAUGAACUGUCAGAACUUCUGCAACAAUAACAGAUGUUACACAAAAGCCAAUGGUGGUACUCAUCCCCUAAUGCACCACUUGCUACCAUGCCAGCUUGACAGUAUCGAGAUGGUACCUCUAAGCAGAGCCUCGUUCCGAUGCCAUGACAAAGGCAGCCUACAGCACUAUGGGAAUUGUGAGCAGGAAGAUGAAAUUAGAGAAGAAAUACAGGACUUAGCAUCAACUUCCUCAAAUUCUCAGAGUUUAACCGAAGAGUUGGAACAAAGAGCCAACCUCGAACAAGAUCCAGGAAACUCAAACGAGUCGCUGGUGUGUUUGGAAAGGAAAGCCCUGCCUGAUUUAGACUGUAAAGAGAAACCAGUUUGGAUUUCACAUUCAAGUCUUACUGGAGAACUUAUUCAACCUACGAUGCAGGAGAUCUGAACACACACCCACAAAAAUACACACACUUUACAUACACAAAUCUCCAACACUCCCAAAAACGGGGAAAGGAACAUGCAGCAGACACUAAAGACAUGAAAUUGCAUCCUGAAGAAAAGAUGGCCAGCAGUAAAAAAAAAAAAGACUUUGUGCUGAUGGACAGUAAACUGACUGACAGAGCUCAAUAUGGAAGUAAGACACAUGGGAUGUGAUAAAAAAAAACGGGAAAAGAUAUUGUUGACACAGAAGGAUGGAUCAAUCAAAGAACCAACUUAAUAUGUGGGAAGGACUGUUUUAUUAAAAUGAAACUCUGUAGAUGGCUUAUUUAUUUUUUUAUUAGUAAAAUAUUUCAUAUGAAUGUA